GUUAAAAAACUUGCGUGACAAUUAUUUUUAAUAAUUAUUAUUAUUUAUUUCAAAUUUAUACUAAAAUUUAAUAAAUGUUUAUUUUCAUAAAUAUCGGCGAGCAUAACCACGUUGAUCCCACUAACUUGUUGAAAGAACGAGAUCAAGUUGUAGAGCAUGAGCUAGGGGUGCUACCGUCGUUCCACGUGGAGGCUCUACAAAGAGCGGUCGAUUUUCUUGGCGACGGCGCUAACUCUUACGAGGUCCUCGAACUUGGCGUCCAUAUCGUCCGAGCCGCGGAUUUUCUGGAGCAUUUGAUUGCCCUUGCCCUUGCCAUGUGAUCGAAUUCGAGGAUGGAGUUGGGAGUGUCCAGGAGGAAAAGCAAUCUGACGAUGUUCAUCAGAGCAAGGACCGCUGCCAAACCUAGAGAGAUUCUUCCCCCAUUGUCGCCUUUCAUUUUGGUCGUCCAGUCGUUGAUGAGGUUGCUACGAGGAUCUUGAUCAUGAUCAUCAUUUGGAAGCUGAUGUUCAUUGCUCCCCUCUAUUUCGCAGCGAGCUCUUGGGUCGAUCCUUUCUUAUUCUUCACUAUCGCGAGCGUCCGACAAGGAUAAGUUUUUAAUACUAUUUAUUUAUAUUAAUUGAUUUUUUUAUGAAACUAAAUUUUUAUUAGAAUUAAUAUGAUGUGAAAGAAAAAAAAUUAUUGUUUUAAUUGACACAUCAACUUUUUAACGAUUAAUCAUUGCCGUUGAUUGCCAUGUAGCGCAGAUUUAAGGGAAUUGGACGACCGGUGACUAAAGAUGACAUAAAGUAUAAAAAGUCAAUGGCGAAUAAAAAAGGUAAAUAUUUUGAGUGUCAAACGUGAAACAUAUUAAUAAAUCGAGUGAUCAAACAUGCAAUUCGCCCUUAAUUAUGUAUUUUCAUUAUGAGUGUGGACUAUAUGUUACACUAAUUGGAGGUUAAAGAUUCUAAAUUUAUGUAAAGUAAAAAAGCACCAUACUAUGCAAUUUUUAUGCAAUUUUUUUAAUUUAUGAGUUAAAAAAAAGGAGUACCUAUCCGAUUAAUAUAAAUGAAAAAUCAAUAAAAGUAAUAUUUGACCGGUCAAAAGUCUCCUCUCUAUCCUCUGAUUUCAGUGUUAGUAAAAGAAGAGAAAUGGCUGCAUAAAUUACCAUGACCCAACAAGGAGUUACUGUGGAUGCUCAUAGGCUUAUUUGUAUGUGGGAUGGGGCAGUAAGGCCCGAUUCUCAUUCGAUAGGGGUAAUGGUGAUCAUGACGCAUUCUAGGGAAGUCCUCUUUGUCAAGGGAUGCUAUUCCCGUUGAUUGAGGAACCUAUGGUCGUGGAAUUACUCGUCCUCCGUGAAGCCAUUGAUUGGUGCUUGGCGCAUGGCCACACAGAGAUGCGUUUUGAAAGAGACGUCAAAGUGGUCAUUGAUAAGAUUGCUCGAGGUGAUGCCAAUGAUAAUCAAGUUGGAGCUGUUCUAGAGAAGGUUUGACAGUGUUUUAAGGAUCAUAGUGGUUUUAAUAUUCGGUUUGUAGGUCGUAGGAACAAUAGGGUAGCCCAUUCAAUGGCUCGCAAGGCCCUUUCUUUGUCCCCCGGUUAUGAGUCGUCUCUUAGAUUAUCAGAUCUGGCUGAAUUCCAGGGUGUAACUAUUGUUUUGAUUCAAUAUAAUUGAGUAUCUUUUGUAAAAAAAAAAGAAUCUCUUAAUGAAUUUUGAGAGAUGACAAUUUGAUUGAUGGUUGGAGAUUUGAGUUUUUGUAGAAUAAGGUGUUAUACCCUAUCUGUUCUAAAAAAAAAAGAAUUGAAGGGUUAGUUGGCAGAAAACCAGUCACCAUCGACCUAGUUACAACUCAUAGAAUAUAUUAAAAGUAAAAGAUUUCGAUAAUUUCUGGUUGAGUUAUUUGAACACAAAUAAGAGGUAAUCUUAGGGGUCGUUUGGAUGGAGUAUUUGUAUGAGUUAUUUGGACACAAAUAAUUCGUUUGGCAGCGUUUUACUGAAAUGAGUUAUUUGGAUUGCGAGUUUUUUUAAAAAACUCAAAACAAGUUAUUUGAAAUAACUCAUUCCUAUGUGUUAUUUCGAAAUAACUCGUUUUACUACUAUGUUUUUACCAAAUACCAAAUGUCAAAUACCACAUUUGAAUGGUUCAUCCAAACGAGAUACUUUAUUUAAAUUACUAAUGAAAUAGCACUGAAAUACCACAUGAACAAUAAAUGUGUUAUUUGACU